ACCCUCUCCUUCCCCGCCCGGCUGCUCUCUCUACACCAAUUUUAUGAGAACCCCGCGCCACACACACACACUCUCUCUAGACUCUAAAUUCUCAAUUCAAAGACAAACAAACAAACAGACUUCUCUUUUUAGUUACUCUCUUUCGUCCUCGUUAACACCUCUCGCUCUCUCUCUCUCUCUCGCACCCUUCUUACGUUACAACUCUGAAAUUUUAUGUCUACCUAACAAAUUCGUUCGUCAUCACUUACUGCUAAUUGUCCGCUUUCACCAAACCUGUUAUACAUUCGAAAACCCAUUCACACACUCCAAUUCUCGUUAUUUUCGCCCCCAACAUGUUCUUGGCCGUCCAAUUUUUCAUCUGCCCAUCUUUUUCUUUAAGCGAAUUUUUAAUUUUAUUUUUCUCACUAGAGCUGUUGAUUUAAGUGUUGUUGUGAAUAAUCUUUAAUAAAUGGAUUCUGAGUGCAGCAUUAGGAGGGGCAGCGCCAGAAUGGCGUUGCCAAUAGACCUGAAUCAGGCGCCGAUACCGUCUCCGCGUGAGGCGGGUGACGGCGCCGAUUUGGGGGCUGCUAAUGUCUCAAUCUGUACGGUUUGCCGCAAGGGAGUUCCAGUUGGGAGGAUCCCCGACAGGCCGACGGAGGAGCAGCGGCGGGAUUUCAAGUGCUUCCGCUGCUUGCUGAAGAACAACGGCACGGGAAGUAGCGGUGCCGGAGGUGGGGCGGGCCGUUUCGACAUCAACGCCUCGCCACCGCGUGAGGCAGAGGAUGGCGGUGAUGUCGCAGUUGGGGUCGGCCGUGGUGGGAAUGGUGGUGGCAAAAUACAGGGUUCCUCUAGUCAUCGUGCCACCAGAAGACAGAUAAAUCCUGUCCUGGAGGAUCUCGGUCGAUAUCUUCCAAAGACAUUAUCUGUUGCGACAAAAUCCACUAAUCCUGGAUUUCACAAUUUAGAUAGGGGACUUGGACCCAAUCGAGCGAUUCCUUUUGAACUUCUUCCUAAUAGUCCAACCAUGGUGUACCUACAAACUCUUAGGGAGUAUAUUGCUGAAAGAUCAGGUGUUCUAGGCGAAGGUUGGCGUGUUGAAUUUGAAUUCUGCAACAAACGUUUCAAAACCUCUCCUGUCUAUAUUGCACCUGAUGGAAGGAGGUUGAGGUCAAAGGAGGAUGUUGCUUGCCAUUUACGAUUACCCGUGCGGUAUCAAGAUAGAGAGGCUGAGAACGGCGGCAGUAACUUAUUUCUUUUUACCCAGGGUGGAUCCAAAUUUGAUCCUUCAAGGAAGGAAGCCCCAGCUUUUGUGGCAGCGCAGAGCUGGAGAAGAAGACAGAAGGUAUCGAGGGGAGGUGACGAACAGGGUGUAUUAUCUGGCUCAUUGAUCAUUGGUAUUAAUGAUGGCUACCCUAUUCAGUUUCAGGAUUUUUGUCUCUUAUCAGCUGGGAAUAUUGAUCCACGACCAGCAUACCACAAUAGUGAUCAAAUCUGGCCUAUUGGUUAUAGAUCUAGCUGGCAUGACAAGAUAACUGGUUCUCUGUUUGUAUGUGAUGUUGCAGAUGGGGGUGUUGAUGGCCCCAUUUUCAGGGUUCAGAGAUAUCCCUGCACGAAGCAGCCCAUUCCAGUUGGCUCAACUAUCCUCUCAAAGGGAAAGCAAGCUUCCAGCAAAGCAGAUGUCACAGUGGGGAAAGGAGAUUUAGCCUCACCAGAAGUGUUGGAUGAUGAUAGCUUAUCCACAAUAACCCUGCUAAAUGAAGAUAGCCCGCCAUGCCUGGAGACUUGUCUCUCUACUUCAAAAAGGGGAAAUGAGGCUCAUAUUUCUCGGGAAGGCAAUUCUUCAAACUCAGGUUUGGAAUUCCUUCCUCAGAGAAUGGGAAAUUUAGCUGAUGAUGCUGUAGACUUGAGUGAUGUCAUUGGGGAAUUUCAAGUCGAGGGCAGAUCAACAUCCUAUGUGUGGGAAAUGGUCUCUCAGGCCUUUUUGUAUGCUUUUCAGGAGAUGUAUAAGCAAAAGGGGGCGGUUAAGUUUUUCUGCAGCCAUGAUGUUCAUGGCAUGAAGGUUGUAAACCUGGAUAUUGGUGAUGCUUUGUUGAGAUAUUGCUAUAUUGACACUCUUAUCAGCAUACCUCCUCUGGUUCAGAAUGAAAACGAGUUUAACAUGGCUUGUCAAAUGCUCUUGACGUGGUUGAACCAGGACAGAUUUGGACUAGAUGCUGAUUUUGUCCAAGAGAUACUUGAACGACUUCCUGGAGCUACUGUGUGCUCGGAGUAUAAAUGUCUGAACGAUAGAACGCAAAGUACAGGCCUGCAAACAGUUGGAAGUGGGUUUUUGCAGGCCGAAAGGAAAAAUGUCUCUGGAAGUUCAAAGAAUGCUAAAUUAUAUUGCACAGGAAGCACUUUUAAGCGGGAUCCCUGUCCUACUGGCAAGCCACUUAACUCGCGGCUUCCUUCGUACUUGAUGGGAGAUGCUCUGCAGGUUUGGGAGCUUGCCUGGCGUUUCCUUGAGGUGUUAGAGCUUGGACCACCUUUUUCUCUGCAAGAACUUGAAUCUGAACUUGUAAGCCCUUGGUUAGACAGCUUACGGUUAAAUACAAUAAAUAAAGCUGGACAACGUGAUGAUAAAGCCUCUGAAGAUGGAGAGGCUAGUCUUGGUGGAAAUGCUGGUUGUCUUUAUGCAAAGAUUGUUGCCUCUCUGCUUAAGCUGCUUGUUAGUGAGCUUUUGUCAAAAGCUGCUGUGUAUGUAUGUCCAAAUUUUGAUGCUGGAGAGUCCAAAUCGAGACGAGGCAGAAAGAAGGAUUUGGAUUGUUUGGCUGCUUUAAAGAGAUCAAAACUUGAUAUGCUGCCUGUCAAUGGAUUGACUUGGCAUGAAGUUGCGCGUAGAUACAUUUUGGCUGUGUUGUGUCUGGAUGGUAAUCUCGACUCUACUGAGAUUGCUAGCCGUGAAAGCGGAAAAGUUUUCCAUUGCCUACGUGGUGAUGGUGGAAUUCUUUGUGGGUCCCUUACGGGGGUAGCUGCACUUGAAGGAGAUGCAGUGUUAAGUGAGAAUGCAUCUGAUUUGCAGGUUCUUGCUGAUGCUAUGAAGGAGAUAUUUGGUCCAACGAAGGGUAAAAGUGAGGUUGUUACUGUUUGUGAGAGAGAGUCUGAUAUGGAAGGUGCGCAAACCGUUGAGGUGAACGAUGGUGUCAUUCCUGAGUGGGCUCAGGUGCUUGAACCUGUGAGAAAGUUGCCCACAAAUGUUGGAGCCCGGAUCAGGAGGUGUAUCAAUGAAGCUUUGGAGAAGAAUCCUCCUGAAUGGGCUAAGAAGAUAUUGGAACACUCUAUCAGCAAGUCAGUUUACAAGGGUAAUGCAUCGGGACCAACUAAGAGAGCAGUUAUAUCGGUGCUUGAAAAUCUGGGGAAAGAAAAUCCAGAGCAAAAGGUUGAGCAGAAAGAGAAGGUUAGGGUUAAGACCAAUCUGGCUGAUUUGAUCACUAAACAAUGUCGUAUUGUGCUCCGUCGAGCUGCUGCUCUGGAUAAAGAUAAAAUUUUCUGCAAUCUGCUGGCUAGGAUAAUCUUGAAUCCUAAUGAUAAUGAUGAUGAAGGGAUUCUUGGCUAUCCAGCUAUGGUAUCUCGUCCCUUGGACUUUCGGACAAUUGAUCUCAGAUUGGCUGCUGGGGUUUAUGGUGGAUCACAUGAAGCUUUUGUUGACGAUGUUAGGGAGGUUUGGCGCAAUAUACGCAAUGCAUACGGAGACAGGUCUGACUUAGUUGACGUAGCAGAAAGCCUGUCUAAAAAGUUUGAAGAUCUAUAUGAGAAAGAGGUUCUGACCUUCAUCCACAAAAUUGCCAAUAGUUCAAACGCGAACGACUCAGGUGCUGAUGCUAUAAAAGAAAGGGAUGAUUUGCUCGUUCAGUUAUGUAAUACCUCCAUCCCUAGAGCUCCUUGGGAGGAGGGAAUCUGUAAGGUGUGUGGUAUGGACAAAGAUGAUGACAAUGUCCUGUUGUGUGAUAAGUGUGAUUCCGAGUAUCACAGGUACUGCUUGAAUCCUCCACUUGUCAGAAUUCCAGAAGGAAACUGGUAUUGCCCGUCCUGUGUUGCUGGCCAGUCUAUUACUUGCACUGCUGUGUACGCUAAUCAAAGUAGGAAAAAGAAGUAUCAGGGGGAGUUCACGCGAAAGUUUCUGGAAGAACUGGCUCGGCUAGCAAAACUGAUGGAAGUAAAAGAAUAUUGGGAAUUCACAGUUGAGGAGAGAACAUUCUUCUUGAAGUUCUUAUUCGAUGACACAUUAAAUUCGGCCACCGUUUGUGACCACAUGGAGCAAUCAGCCUCUCGAGCUGCUGAUUUGCAACAGAAGCUACGCUGUCUCACUUCCGAAUUGAAACUCCUGAAAUUCAGGGAAGAAGUUCUUGCUCCAGCCUUAGUAGGCAAAACAAAUCCCGGUACAUCACCAUCUCUGCUUUCCUCUGAAGAUAGCUCAAGAGGAAAACAACCUGAAAAGGACACUAACCUUUUGCAUGGUUCGACUCAACCGGACCACAUCCCAUCCUCAAGUGAACCUAUCGAUUGUAACAAACAGCCUGAUAGGAGCAUAAGCUCCGAUGAAAACUCCGGCCAAAGUGAGAAUGUCUUGCUCCAUGCACAGCAGUUAUCCAUUCAGAUGCCGCCACCUGGCGGCCAUCAUUGUCAUGACAAAGCCGAUUUGCCCUCGUCGAAAGACGACAGCCUCAAGGUGGACGCCAUUAAGAAAGACAUAUCUAACCUUCAGGACUCGAUAGCUUCUGUAGAAUCCGAACUUCUCAAGGUAGGCAUCCGCAAGGAUUUAUUGGGACGGGAUUCUAGCGGCAGAGUUUAUUGGGCAUUUUAUUCUCCGGGUGCUCGUCCAUGGAUAGUAGCCUGUGGAGAUUUUUCGUCAAAGGAGAGAUCUAUCGAAGAAUUUACCAGCAUUCCCGAUUCCGACAAGUGGAUGUAUUACGACUCGGACGAUGAAAUCGAGAAACUAGUUGGAUGGCUGAGAGACGAUAAUAUCCGGGAGAAAGAAUUACGAGAGUCUAUCUUACAGAUGCAAAGCAACAAACUGGGAGACUCCCACGAGUAUACUGCGAACCACAUUUUAAGCAAAGUAUCACUGAGCGAGAAUGGGGAGGAGAAAGCUUUUUCAUCUGAUUUUUUUACGUCCAAGGCCAUUACGACAUUGGAACAGAGAUUUGGUACAGUUGGCAGCAUACAUAGAUGUGAGUGCCUGGAGCUGUUGUGGCUGUCUAAACCCCAUUGCUCGUCUUGUCACAACACUUUUCUUACCUCCGAAGAACUAGCAGAACAUGUCAAGGAACACGGUGCAGCAGUCUAUCAGAAAAGCCCGAUAACUGAAGAUGCCUUGAAGUGCAAGAAGAUGAAAGCUUUCGCUUCACAGGAAAAAGGCAUUCUGCAGAUAUCGACGAGUGAGAAACAAACUACUGGGCCGAGUUUCUCUGAACCAUACUUUGGCGACUGCCCGUUUAAUCUCGAGGAGAUUUUGACCAGGUUUGUUGUUCCAGGCACGGUCAAAGAUGCAGUCAACGAAAUAGGACUUAUCGGCAAUGGUGGUGUUCCAUCAUUUUUGCCGAGUGAGUCCCCUUAUUUUAGUGAUCCUGCAUUGACAUUGGGUCCCACAAGGCUAAACGAGGCUGGUUCAAGCGAUUUGUCUCCGGAUUCGAAAACCAAACAGCAGAUGAGCUCGAGUAACGAGCCGAGUGUCGUGGUUGCCACAAAGGACAACAGAUUGUCGAGAGGUGCUGAGAAUAAUAAUAGCUUGGCUGAGGAGGGAACAAAUGUCGAGAGACCUAAGUGUGGUACAUUGAAGGACAGGAGCACACUUAUCCAGAUAUCGAAAAGCAGCAUAAUUUGUGAAUCUUCGUUAAGACCGUUAGUGGGCAGAGCGUGUGAAAUUUUGAGGUCUCUCAAGGUUAAUCUACUCGAUAUGGAUGCGGCUCUACCGCAGGAUGCUUUGAGAAUGUCGAGGACUAAUGAAGAUAGAAGGCGUGCUUGGCGGGCCUUUGUUAAAUCUGCAAAAUCGAUCUAUGAGAUGGUUCAAGCUACUGUGAUACUGGAGGAUGCCAUUAAAAGCGAGCACUUGAGAAAUGAGUGGUGGUAUUGGUCAUCCCCCUCGACUGCAGCCAAAAUCACUACACUUUCUGCACUUGCUUUGCGUAUAUACUCUCUUGAUGCAGCUAUCUCUUACGAUAAACCUCUUCCUGCGGAAAUUAUCGAGUGUUUAGAUGGGGAUGCAUCUCAAGUUAAGAAUCCCGAAAACCCAAGCAGCUCGUCAUCACAGAAGACACCCGAGCCAGAAUCUGUGGAGAAUCCAAGAAGCAGGAGUAGAAGUAGCAAGAGGAGAAAGAUUUGAAGGAUCAAGAUUCAUAUUCGUUUUUGCAGCUUCUUCUAAUUUUCCUUCCCAUAAAACGGAGUACAGGCACAGGAAACAGGUAUAGACAGCCAUAAGGAAACCUGUUAGUUUAUGAGUUUGCUUUGUUGUAGGCUUGUAGCCCACAAAUGUGUGUAAGUAUAUCGCCAGCCCCCUUAUAUAUGCUUUUCUUUUCAUACACCCAUUUUUAGCUAGAUGUCAGUGGGAUGCUGUAACUUGUUACAUAAUUGUGAUUUUCUUUGUUAACAAGAAAUGUCAAUUAUGAUUCGUUUUAUGGGAUUUUUCUGCCUUUUUG